AUCCGGGCCCUGGAGGUGCCAAAGGACCAUAGCAAAGGCGGCGAGCAAUCAAGCUAUUUGCAGAACUCGCCUGGGUCCGUCGCUGGCAUCUCAGCCCUUGGAAAAUGGGACUUCGCAUGUGCUUAUGAUCCUUGGUUUCCAUGGCAGAUCUCGACGACGGCAUAUGCAAGAAAUAUAUCAGGAUGAUCACCAACAUAGUUAUACUGAGCCUGAUCAUUUGCAUUUCCUUAGCCUUCUGGAUUUUGUCCAUGACUGCCAGCACCUAUUAUGGUAAUUUACAGCCUAUAUCUCCAUGGCGCUGGCUCUUCUCUAUUGUGGUUCCAGUUUUGUUGAUGUUAAAUGGCUUUAAGAAGAAAAGUCUCGAUCACAGUGGCGCAGUAGGAGGGCUCGUGGUUGGAUUUAUCCUAAGUGUUGCAAAUUUCAGCUUUUUUACUUCGAUGGUUAUGUUUUACUUUUCUUCUUCAAAACUUACUAAAUGGAAAGGAGAAGAAAAAAAACGUAUAGACUCAGAAUAUAAGGAAGGUGGGCAGAGAAAUUGGCUUCAGGUGUUCUGUAAUGGAGCUGUGCCUACAGAGCUAGCUUUGUUGUACAUGAUUGAAAAUGGCCCUGGGGAAAUCCCGAUAGAUUUUUCCAAGCAGCAUACUGCUUCUUGGAUGUGCCUGUCUCUCCUGGCUGCACUGUGCUCCUGCGCUGGAGAUACCUGGUCUUCAGAAGUUGCCACGGUCCUCAGUAAAAGCCCCCCAAGGCUGAUAACAACCUGGGAAAAAGUUCCAGUGGGGACCAAUGGAGGGGUCACAAUCGUGGGCCUUAUCGCUAGUCUCCUUGGCGGUACAUUUGUCGGCCUUACUUACUUCCUUACACAGUUGAUCUGUGUUAAUGAUUUGGACCUUUCUGCUCCCCAGUGGCCAAUUAUUGCAUUUGGGGGUGUGGCUGGAUUACUAGGAUCACUUCUGGAUUCAUAUUUAGGUGCUACAAUGCAAUUUUCUGGUUUGGAUAAAAGCACUGGCCUGGUGGUCAACAGCCCCACCAAAGAGGUGAAGCACAUCUCAGGAAAGCCCAUUCUGGAUAACAACGCAGUAAAUCUGUUUUCUUCCGUCCUUGUCGCUCUCUUGCUCCCGACAGCUGCUUGGGGGUUUUGGCCCAGGGAGUAAACUACAUUUUCUUUCCAGUCAUUCUGUUCAAUUUGCCAUUCCAUGUUUCAUCCUAAGAAGAAGACUUGUCUGACGAAGAGGAAAGGCCAACUCCCCUCCUAUUCCAUUGUCAUGGAAUUCCACCAUUUUCUUCUCACCA